ACUUCCGGUUAAUCCACACUUGAAAACAUGUCAGGGAAAGGAAUUAUAAAAACUACAAAGAAUUUAUAUGACCCUCUUGCGUGCUUAGAAAGAAUUCUGAACAAAUCAACGUUAUCGACACAAAGACUGACACACGAAAAUAUCUUAGAACUUGGUGAAAAUUUGCUGAACUCCAAAGCAGAUGAUUCCAAAGAGCAGCGACUUCGUGAACUCGAGGAGGCAGUAGAAAAAGCUGAGGCUCGGGCUACAAAGGAGCUGAAAGCAGCACUCAAACGACUCCGAAAUGAGAAAGAUGAGGAAAAAAAGAGAGCCCUACAAAAACAGAAAGAGUACUAUGAACGCUUGGCAGCAAGAGUAGAAAAACAAAGAGAUGAAGCUGAGGAGGAGAGGAUCCGAGAAUUGACCAAAAAAUUGGAGCGUGAGAAAGAGAAAGCUUUGGAGGAGCAGUGGGAGGAGUGUGAGAGGAUAAAGAAGGAGGCCAUAGAGGAGGCCUGUAUCGCCCUAACUAAGAAACUCAGGAACGAGUUUGUCCUGGAGAAGGAGAAAGCCAUUGCUGAGGCCCUCAGAAUUCAGAAGGAAAAAUUCCUUAUAAGAGAACAAGAAUCCAUUGAAAGGACAAGGCGGGAAUGUGAAGAAAAAGCUCGGCUGGAGGCAGAGAGGGUGGCCAGGCUUCAUCAGCAGGAGAUAGACACAUGGACUAAAAGGUAUUUAGAUAUGGAGACACGAUAUAAACAGGAAAAGGACAGAAGGAGAGCAGUCACCUCAGAUUUCAAGGAGUUACAGGAUGAUUACAGGAGGUUUAUGAAUUACACUGACGGGAAAUUCCACUCGGACUAUAUGAUGCACCUCCGCCACCUGGGAAUGAGACUGGCUGACAAGCGUGUGAGUGAUGUGUCAAGUACAGUGUCUUAUGAAGACAUAUUCAAACUCUCCUGAUCCAGAACAUGUGCUUUUGUUUGAGAUUACAUCAUCAGAUCAAAUGGAUCAUGUGAGAACAUGAAAAUACUUAUCACAAUGGAUUCAAGGAUAGCCCUGUCAUUCUGACAUUGCAGUUUGUAUAAUUCUUCCCAAGGUGAUAUCUGCUAACGCGAUAGCCAAUUAGAAGCCGCUGUUCAUUUUAAAAAUGUGCAACUAUUGAUUGUGUAUACAAAAUUUUGUAAAGGUACCAUAUAAGAGGAAUUUUAGCGAGGCACAGCUUUGGCUAUUUGUUCUUAAAAUAGGUUUACUCAAUAUUUUAGCAAGAAGUAGUUUUACCUAUUUUAUGGUAACUAUACCUCCAAUGCAGGAUGGAUUGUUAAAAAUUAUGAUUAUUUAGUGACUUCAUUUCCCUCUAAGAAUUCUAAGAAUUUGGGAGGGGGGUUGGAGUAGAGAGAAAGGGAGUUUCAUAAUAUAGAGUAUAAUAUUACACUAGUUUUCCUUUAAGGCUAGGUAAAUUCAAGGUGUGCUUAAUAAAAGAAAAGACUAUAUUUAAUAAUUCCUUUAUUAGAAACAAGCAAAAAUGAUUGAUCACAAAGAAAAAUGUAAAUAUCAUGAAAUUGUUCCCCCUGCUAGAAAUGAUUUUCAGUUCAGGAUAUUGGAAAUAUAGAGAGCUGUCCAUUCCAAUUUGAAUCUCAAUGCAGAGGUUGUACUGCAUCAAUCAGAUUCAAAUUCUUCAUGUAAACUUAAUUCUUGAUGCUUUUUAUCAAAGAGGAGAUUAUUAUUUACAGUGCAAUAAAAGUAUAUAAAGUAUACUAUUAUACUAGAAAAAAAUUAUAUCAAUGGAAGUGAAUUAUUCCCUUGGUUAAGAUUGAUCAAAACAUGCAUGAUGUUAUCCACAUUACUGUAUUUGGGUUUCAUUUGAAUAAUUUUGUUGCAAAUAAAAAAGCACUUCAGGUGAGCUUUUUGGCCUUUAAGCAUUAUAUUUAGACAUUGUUUACUGUUAUAUUUCUUAUUUUGAGAUUUUCACUUGGAUUGCAAAUUCAAAUUUUAAAAUUUGUUGUUCAAGGAAAUUUCAAACAAAGUUUAUUGGACUUUUUUUGUAAGAAAGGGGGGGGGGGGGGCUAGAAAAUAUUAGUACAACAACAGGGAAAAUAUUAAUACCAAAGGUACCUUCAAGGAGAAAAGUGGAUUUCCCAGUGUGUAACAUAAAUUACCAACAAAAAUUAUUAUGAUUGUACACAAAUCAUGUUUAAAUCAUACAUAAAGCCCUUUCCCAAAAUUCUUAAGAAGGUCAAUCUUUAAAAAAACUUGUGCAUAAUCUGAACAAAAAUUGUGUAAAAGGGCUGCGGAUAUCAAUAUUGAAUACUAACAAGUACAAGAUACCAGUACUAAAUACUGUACAUUUCAAUAGUUUAUUAUUUUUGUUUUAAAUCAAUAUAUUCUUGGUGGUAUUGGAAAUUUGCACUUUGCCAUGUAUAUGCAUUGAAAUAUCUGGUAUCAUGGUUUGAUUGCACAAUGGUGUUGGUUCUUAUCGCAUUUUAACACAUUACAGUUAAACUUGUCUAAUCCGGGCGCCACUGAUUCCAUUAAAGAAAUAGGCCGGAUAAGACAACAUUCCGGAUUAAACAACACUUUACACAAAGGAAUUGACUGAAAAGGACUUUACGGAAUACAGAAGAUCUGAAUUAGACAAGUUUCACUGUGUUAAUUUUAGCAAUUGAUCUUGUGGUGUUAUAUAUUGUUUUGGUGCUGUUAUAUACAUUUUUUUUGCUGUUAUUUGAGUGUUUUUUAUCAGUUUAUGAUUCAUAUUUAUGAAGUGAAUAUCAAUUUACUAACCUGACCUACACUCUUUAUUCCUCAGGAUGUGUUGCUUUAUUGUAAAACAGUCUGAAAAAAAAUUAAAAUGGCUUAGGAAGCCCAGGAGUAU